AAUGACGCGGCCUCCCGGUGGCGCGUCAUGCGGCGCAUGCGCAGAGAGCCCGCGUGUCACAAGGAGCCACCGCCGUCAGGAGCAGGAGCAGCAGCAGCAGCAGCAGGAGCCGCCGGAAAGGAGGAGACGGGAGCCGUCGUCUUGUUUAUUCCACACGAGAGAGAGAGAAACUUUCCUCCGCGAUGUCGGGAUUAGACAGCAACCCCUUCGUGGACCCCGUGGACGUGAAUCCCUUCCAGGAUGCGUCAAUCACACAAGCCACCAGCAGAGCCUCCGACAACGCCGGCGAGUUCAACCCGUUCUCUGCCAGUGAAAUGGAAACCCACUCUGGAAAGACCAUCCCCCUCGCCGCUGCCUCCUCCCAACCUGCCAUCCUGCAGACCUCCGUGGAGCAGAGCGCGCAGGCAAACGCGGCUUCUGGCCAGGCCAACCUGUUGAGGCAGCAGGAGGAGCUGGAGAAGAAGGCCGCCGAGCUGGAGCGGAAGGAGAGGGAGCUCCGAAACAACAGCAGCAGCAGCAGCAGCGCCGGCAGAACGCCCAUCGCUGGAGAGAACAACUGGCCACCUCUUCCCUCGUUCUCCCCCGUGAAGCCCUGCUUCUAUCAGGACUUUGAGGCGGACAUCCCCGAGGAGUACCGCAGGAUCUGCAAGAGGAUGUACUACCUCUGGAUGUUCCACAGCGCCACCCUCUUCCUCAACGUGCUGGCCUGCCUGGCUUACUUCACCGCGAGCCCCGACUACGGCGUUGACUUCGGCCUGUCCAUCCUCUGGUUCGUCCUCUUCACCCCCAUGUCCUUCGUCUGCUGGUACAGGCCCGUCUACAAGGCCUUCAGGUCUGACAACUCCUUCAGCUUCUUUUUCUUCUUCUUUGUCUUCUUCUUCCAAGUGGCAGUGUACAUCAUCCAGACGGUCGGGAUCCCCAAGUGGGGAAACAGCGGAUGGAUCUCAUCCAUCAGCAUGAUUGGCUCAAACUUGCCCGUGGCUGUGGUCAUGAUGGUGGUGGCCGGAUUCUUCACUGUGAACGCCGUGCUGGCUGUGAUUCUACUGAAGAUGGUCCACUCCAAGUACAGGAGGACAGGGGCCAGCUUCAGCCAGGCCCAGCAGGAGUUCACCCGCGGGGUCCUGACCAACCAAACCGUGCAGACGGCUGCGAGCAGCGCCGCGGCCUCCGCUGCCCAGGGAGCCUUCGGCAGGAGCCAAGGCAGCUAGACUGGGCCUUCAGGGUCAGGGUUUGAUCUGUUUUGUGAAAAAGUCCCCAGAAACAACCCCCCCCCCAAAUAAAAGUAACAUUUGUCAGAGAAAAUUGGACUUGAGAACACGGCCAAGUCCCCCCCCCUCCCCCCACCUUCAGUUUAAACACCCUGAGGCUGGAGGUCUUAUACGUGCAUGUAAGGACUUGCAUUAUGUGUCUGUUGCUAUUGAACUCUUCACCCCCCUCAUCAAUAUGCAGCUAAAUUCCUGCCGUCAAAAAUUGAUUCUGGGAAAUUUUCGGAAGGAGACAGAAAACUGGAGUUGAUUCAAAAGGGGGCGAAGGAAGGAGGCAGUAUGACGGAAGUUAAUUGGCAAGUAACUGGAAUACAUUUAACACGGUCGAGUAAAGAUGCACGGGACACCACCGACCAGGGCUGGAGUUUAGUGAUAAAGUACCUCUAUUUAAACCCCUUCACUGGUAAAUACGCUGGGGGGGGGGGGGGAGUAUAUUUAUCUAACAUACUGGAGCAUCAUAAAUAAACACUGGGAGGAGUCGGGAUUAGCUCAAAAGCUCACUUGACAUGAGAAUGUUUUCCCCAUCACUGAAUGAUGGAUCCACUUAAUGUAUGAGUGUAUAGUUGUGUCGUUACAGCAGAAUGUAAAGCGCCACAGUUGAUGUCAUUCCGCCUGAUGAACAACUUUAAUGUAUACAGUCCACUUUAAACACCACGGUACUGGAUCUGUGAAAUGAGACACAUCCAUCAUGCACACAGUAGCUGUUUGAAUUCUACUUUAAUUUUGUGUUUUUGAUGUGUACAAUACUGUAUAUGAUGAUGAUGAUUAAUGAAGGGCGUGGGAUGAAGUUUUUUCUUUUUUUUUUUACUCUUUUCAUCGUUUCACUGAUAGAUGAAGUUAAACGAAUGUCCUCUUUGGAAAAAUGAAGAUAUUGUUUGAAUGAGAUGGAACAUUUAAAUUCAUCAUGUUGAUUUCAGAAGACUAUGUUUAUAAAAUCAGUGUGGCGUUUUGGCACAAAUAAAAUGAAAACCAGGGUGCAGGUUUGAUGUUAGGUUAUAGAAUGUAGAGGUGUAUUAACGAGCAGAAAGAACACAUUUAUCUGGAUAUUCUCUGCAGACCAAUGUCUCCUGUUACUGAAUAGACUCAAAUACUUUAUUUUCCUGCUGCUUUCUACCUACUUGUUUGUUGGGUAUUUACAUUUUUACUUGUGAAUAAGUUUAAGAAUUCUGAUAUGUCGUUAUUGUUACACUGAUUCCUGUUUAGGUGUAACCUGGAUUUAAGCACAAGGCUCAAUAUUUUGUCCAACUUUGUUUGUCUUGAUGGGGACAUUAGUUUUAUGGUGAAGGAACCCUUCGACGAUCAUGGUGUGUUGUACAGAUUGGUGACUCAUUUAAAAUGUAAAUUACUGGAGGGAUAUUUGCUGUAAAAUGCUGUUUCUCAGCCCUAACAUGAAAUAAAAUGUCAUUUUUA